AUGUCGAACGAUCUUGGUAUUAUUGGCCUCGGCGUGAUGGGAGCCAAUUUGGCUCUCAAUAUCGCCGAGAAAGGGUUCAAUGUGGCCGUCUUCAAUCGUACCUCUUCGAAAACGGUCGAGUUCAUUGGCAAGCACGUAAAAUCGAAGCCCUUCGACACCAAUUUGCAUGGUUUCGAAACGUUGAGGGAGUUUGUCGCCUCCAUUAAAGCUCCGCGGAAGAUUUUCAUCUUGGUGCAAGCCGGUGCGGCGACCACCGACACGAUUAACCAACUUCGGGAGAUCCUCUCCGCGAACGAUAUCAUUAUCGACACCGGGAACGCCAAUUUCAAGGACCAGGACGCCCGUGCGACGGAGCUGGAGAAGGCGGGGUUGCGUUUUAUGGGGAUGGGCAUCUCCGGCGGCGAGGAGGGCGCGCGCAAGGGCCCCGCCUUCUUCCCCGGCGGCACCCCUAGCACCUGGGAGGAGGUUCGCCCGAUUGUCGAGGCGGCCGCCGCCAAGGCGGAGGACGGGCGGCCGUGCGUAACUUUCAACGGCCGCGGCGGCGCGGGCUCGUGCGUUAAAAUGUAUCACAACGCCGGGGAAUACGCGAUUCUGCAGAUCUGGGGUGAGGUCUUCAGCGCCCUCCACGCGAUGGGGCUGACGAACGACGAGAUUGGGGACAUCCUCGAGGCCUGGAAGGCGCGGGGCUUUUUGAAGUCCUACAUGCUCGACAUCACCAUCGCGGUCUGCCGCGCGAAGGAGAAGGAUGGAAGCUACCUCAGCGAGAAGGUGAAGGACCGGAUCGGCUCCAAAGGGACCGGUUUGUGGUCCGCGCAGGAGGCGUUGGAGGUGGGGGUGCCCGCGCCCUCCCUCGCGGCGGCCGUGAUCGCCCGCCAGCUGACGAUGUACAAGGAGGAGCGCAUCGCCAACGCGGCGAACGUGCCGAGCGUUCAGAAGGGCAGGGCGAUCCCCCUUUCCGACUGCUCCGAUCGCGCGCCGGAGGUGGAGCAGCUUUACAAAGCCACCUGCAUCGCCAUCAUCGCCAGCUACGCGCAGAUGUUUCAAUGCCUGCGGGUUCUCGACAAGGUGUACGGGUUCGGACUGAACCUGCCCGCCACGAUCGCGACCUUCCGCGCCGGCUGCAUCCUUCAGGGCUACCUUCUCCACCCCAUGACGGAGGCGUUCGAGAAGAACCCGAACUUGUCGAAUUUGAUGUGCCACUUUAAGGAGGAGAUUGGGGGGGGGAUUAAUGACUAUCGCCAGAUUCUUGGGUACCUCACCACGAAUACUUCCAUCGCCCUCCCCGUGCUCUCGGCCUCGCUGAGCUACGUCAACGCCAUGUUCACGCCGCUUCUGCAGUACGGCCAGAUGGUUGCGCUCCAACGCGAUGUGUUCGGCAGGCAUGGCUACGAGCGCUUGGAUAAGCCAGGGAGUGAAUGCUUCACGUGGCCAGAGCUUCAGUAG